UGUCUCUGUCAUUUAAACGUCAAAAUUUCUAACCCUGUUUUUCAUUUUUCAUUAACAACACGUCAAAAGUAUUUGUCGCAUCAACUGAAGACAUGAGAAAAUAAUUUUUUACAACAUAAUAUUUUCAGAUAUUAAAUCAAGAUGGUACUAGCAGAUUUAGGUCGUAAAAUUACGACCGCCUUGCAGUCUUUAAGCAAGGCAACAAUUAUUAAUGAAGAGGUCUUAAAUGGAAUGCUAAAUGAUAUUUGUCGGGCACUCAUUGAGGCUGAUGUUAAUAUCAAAUUAGUUAAAUCUCUCAGGGAAAAUGUUAAAUCUGUUAUUGACUUUGAUGAAAUGGCUGGUGGUCUCAACAAGAGGAGGAUGAUCCAAAGUGCAGUAUUUAAAGAGCUUGUCAAAUUGGUAGACCCAGGAGUAAAGCCAUAUCAACCUGUUAAAGGCAAACCAAAUGUUAUUAUGUUUGUUGGUUUACAAGGUUCUGGUAAAACAACCACUUGUACCAAACUAGCUUAUCAUUAUCAGAAAAAGAACUGGAAAUCAUGUUUGGUAUGUGCAGAUACAUUCAGAGCUGGUGCCUAUGAUCAGGUAAAACAGAACUGUACAAAAGCUAGGAUACCCUUUUAUGGAAGUUACACAGAAGUUGAUCCUGUAGUCAUAGCCCAGGAUGGUGUUGAUAUGUUUAAAAAGGAAGGUUUUGAAAUUAUAAUAGUAGAUACAAGUGGUAGACACAAGCAAGAAGAAUCUUUGUUUGAAGAAAUGUUGGCAGUUUCUAAUGCUGUGAGACCAGACAAUAUUAUUUUCGUUAUGGACGCCACAAUUGGUCAAGCCUGCGAAGCCCAAGCAAAAGCCUUUAAAGAAAAAGUAGAUGUAGGAUCCGUAAUUAUCACAAAAUUGGAUGGUCAUGCAAAAGGAGGUGGUGCACUUAGUGCCGUUGCAGCUACUAACAGUCCAGUUAUAUUUAUCGGUACAGGAGAGCACAUAGACGAUUUAGAUCCAUUUAAAACAAAACCUUUCAUUAGUAAAUUAUUGGGGAUGGGUGACAUAGAAGGUUUAAUUGACAAAGUAAACGAAUUAAAGUUAGAAGAUAAUGAAGAAUUGUUAGAAAAAAUUAAACAUGGUCAAUUUACGCUCAGAGAUAUGUAUGAACAAUUUCAAAAUAUAAUGAAGAUGGGACCUUUUUCACAAAUUAUGGGUAUGAUCCCAGGAUUUAGCCAAGAUUUUAUGUCAAAAGGAAGCGAACAGGAAUCAAUGGCACGAUUAAAAAGAUUAAUGACAAUAAUGGACAGUAUGAAUGAUUACGAGUUGGACAACAGGGAUGGCGCAAAAUUGUUUACUAAACAAGUUGGUAGAGUGGUCAGGGUAGCACAAGGAUCUGGUGUAACAGAAAGAGAAGUAAAAGAUCUCAUUACGCAGUACACAAAAUUCGCAGCGGUGGUAAAGAAAAUGGGAGGCAUCAAAGGUCUCUUCAAAGGUGGCGAUAUGGCUAAAAACGUCAACCACAACCAGAUGGCGAAACUUAAUCAACAAAUGGCCAAAAUGAUGGACCCUAGAGUCCUCCAACAAAUGGGCGGCAUGGCAGGUUUGCAAAAUAUGAUGAGACAACUCCAAGCAGGCGCAGCUGGUGGUUUAGGGGGCUUAGGUAAUCUUAUGGGGGGCUUUGGUAAUAAAUGAUUGUUAAAUAUUUCUUAUGAUUAUUUUGAAUUGCCAUUUGAUACUUCUUUCAGAAGCCAUAUGUUGUGUCAAGCAACAUUUUUUAUUUGUAGAAUAAUCUAAUAAUUAACGCAGACUUUAUCAUUACCGAAGCAAACUGCUACAAUAUGUAUAAAGAAAGUUAAUGGCAUUUGAAAGAAUUAUUGAGUGAUUUGUUUCUAAAUGGAUGAGGAAGCAGAGUAUUUUUGUUUUGUUUUGAAUGUGUAGAAAAUAUUUUAUAUUGACAUUGUAAAAACGGUACACUGUUUGUAACUUAUUCCUACAAAUAAACAGUUUUCUAAUAA